GAAAGAAAUAAAGUGUUUUUUAGUUUUAUUCCAACUUGAAACAUUGAUACCAACUAGGUUUUCAAUUAAAAGUUACCACUUACUUAUGCAUUAGUUAAAAACGGAAUACCGCAACAAUUAUUUACUUCCCGUACAUUAAUUCCACCCGACAUUAUCCGACAAUUUCCGUAUGCAUUUGACCUAAGAUUUGACCCGAUUCGUAGACGGUGAAUGCGCAUGUCAGAAGAUGUGAUAAUGUCGGGCUGUAUGGAAAAACGUGGUAGACCAAGAAGUCUAACGGAUUCUGCUCGCAAAAGAAGGAGAUCUGAAGCAAAUGCUCAAAACAAUAAGAACAGAAUUUAUUUAGGAUGCCAGUACGACAGGUGGAUUGCUGUCAAAGGAGAAAUAAAUGCAGAGAACAACAGCGAAGUAGCUAAAUUUUUGAUUGACAGAUAUGAAGAACAGAAGACUAACAAAACUGCGCAUGCGACAAUAAUUGUGUCAACACCAGGACGAACACCAUGUACUACAAAGGCACUGAGUGAAUCAGAAAUUAGUCAAAUCACAUCAUCUGAUCAAGAGCCACAUUACAUAGAAUCUGAAAUGUCUGGUGUUGAGGACUUGCAUGGCUUAAGGUCAGAUAAAAAACUAAACAUGGACAAAUCCAGCAGUUUCAUCAACCCGUUUGAACUUACUAUUGAUAUAUCUGAAAAUGCUGAGAUGUCUUACCAGUCAUCAGAUGACGAGUAUGUGCCAAGCUUUGAUAUUACUUUACAACCAAAUACAACUGUCAAUAUUGAAGAAGAAGAAGAUGAAGGUGCUGAUAUGAAUGAAAAAGAUGGGUCAGAUGAACCAGCUGUUGAUAUGGGUCCAGGCAUACGAAGAAUAGAUGCAACGAAUAUAGAUGGAUUUAUGUCAGACAGACCUUAUCUUGUAUAUAUGGAUUGUCUUCUGAAGCUGGCUCACACUAAUGUUAGACAAACCUGUACCCUGUCAGAUUGCCAUAGUGAAGUUACCUUAAAAACAGAUAAUGUUGGAUCUGCCCUAUACUUAACAUGGGUAUGCAAAAAUGGUCAUGUGCAGAACAAAUGGUGUUCCCAACCACUUUUGAACAGGCGGCUACACACUGGAGACUUGCUCUUGGCUUCUGCAACUGUCUUAUCGGGAAAUAAUUUCCAGAAAAUAGAUUUAUUUGCGAAAGUACUGGGUCUUCCAAUCUUGAGUUCCUCAACAUUCUUUAAAAUACAACGUACAUAUAUUGUUCCAUCAGUAGACCAUCAUUGGACAAGCCAUCUUGAUUCUGUAUUGGAAGAGUUCCGUGGGAAGGAGGUUGUUGUUUUUGGUGAUGGAAGAAUGGAUAGCCCAGGUCACUCUGCACAAUAUUGUUCCUAUACGUUCAUGGAAAUGGAAACCAAGAAGAUACUGAGCAUUGUAACCAUGGAUAAAAGAAUGACUGGGGGGAAAAGUACCAACCUUGAGAAAGCUUGCUUUGAAAAAGGCUUGCAUUCUCUACUAGAUGCUGGUGUGAACGUGGUUGAAGUUGUGACCGAUGCACAUCCUCAGAUAGGAGCAUUAAUGAAGAAACCCCAGUAUCGCAAUAUAAAACAUUUGCUGGAUAUAUGGCAUGGUACCAAAAAUAUUGGGAAAAAAAUCAUUCAGGUUGCUCAGGAGAAAGGAAAAAAGAACAAACAACUAUUCGACUGGACAAAAGACAUUGUUAAUCACUACUGGCACUGUGCCUCCAUCAGCACAACUGUUGAAGAAUUUAAGGGUCACUGGAUUGGUAUUUUGCACCAUGUUGUAAAUGAACACCAGUGGAUCUUGUCAUACAGUGAUGAUUUCGAAAACAACAAGUGCAACCAUGGACCAUUGCCUGCAGAAAGCAGCAAAAGUUAUCUGGAAAAAGGUUCCGAUGCUCAUAUCGCCUUACGAGGAAUCGUCCUGAAUACAAGAUUAUUAAAUAGUAUUCAUUACUAUUUAAAUUGCAGGAGCACUGCAGAUCUGGAAAUUUUCCAAAAUGAAAUCCUAGCCUAUGCAUAAAAAAGACACUCUUAUUGCCCACCUGUGUAUAGAGCUAGAAAUCGAUUAGCUGCUCUAGACCAUAAUAUUCAUACUGGUAGACCAGCCCUUACCAAAGACGAUGGAAAUCCAAGAUGGAAAAGAACUUUCAACAAAAAAUCAGCCAGAUGGUCUGUCCAGUCAGUGAAAGAAAAAAAGACAUAUCCUCAUCUUCCUGGCAUUGUGCGCAAUAUUAUCCAGAUGAGAAAAGAUGAUAAUGUUGGUAUGAAUGCCAAUGUGGUUCUCGAAGCUGAUGAUCCUAGAAGAAUUGCCAAAAACAUUACAUGUGUUCCCCCACCUCCAACACUACAAAUUGCCUUUGAACAAAAGUCAAGGUCCAAAAAAGAGGAUCCGGAUAAAACUAUCGAUUAUUGGGAUAACUGAGCACUUGAUCUUGUGAGCAAGUGAAGAAAACAUUAUCAUAUCAUUGUUAUAUUUAUCAAUGAGCAAUUUCCAAAUGUAACAAACCAGUUUUGUUUGUGAAAGAUUUGAAAAUAAUGUAUGUGAUCUGCAAAGAUUUUUAAGAUCAGUUUAGAAUUUUCAUUAAGGCCAAUGAAAAAUUAUUGUUUAUUUACUUUGAAGUAAUUUGAGGUUCUAUUGUUUAUAAAUGUAGGUUGAAGUUAUUUGAGGUUCUGUAAAAUUUAUUCUUUUAGGGUAAACAGAUGAAAGUUGUAUCUAAGACUUGUGUUUGCUUUCAACUUGCUUGGACUAAAACAGUGAACAAUUUAGCAUUGUAAGGAUGUGAUGCUUAAGAAAUGUUUUAUAAACUUUGCAGAAAGGUAGGUCGCUUGUCUUUUAGUGCUAUGUUUCAAAUAUUCAAAACUAUGAUUGUACCAACUAUAAAUUUCAUAGCAGGAAAAAGAUUUUGAAUUCAUAUUAUGAAAAAUGUAAAAUUCUGAAAGUAUAUCCUCAUAGUUUUUAGCAAUAUAUUUACCCAUAGUACAGCUGUUUUCAUUGAAUGUAAAAGUUUUCAAAUACUAAUGAGAAUCAACACUGGUACCAAAUGUGUGAAAUUGUUUCUUAUGCCAGACCCCAAAGUUUUGUUAUAAGUUAACCUGAGCCAAAGUCUCAAAUGAGCUUUUACAAUUCCAUCUUCUGAAACACAGAGCAAAUUUAGAUCAAACUUUGCACAAGUUUUCCAUUGGUAAAGGGAAUCCUAAAUAAUGGCAUUUAACAUGUUAAAGAUAUACUGGUUGACAAGAGAUUGAAGAUAUAUAUUUUAUAAUGUGUAUAAGUCGUAUUCAUUUUAUCAAAUAUUCUAAUAUAUUUGAAUACUCCUAUCAGAUAUAAAUAAUUGACAAUUUUCAUAUCCCUAGUAUAAUGUAAUUCCCAUGAUUUGAUUGGAUAUGAUUUUUAUGUGCCCAGAUCCAUAGAUCCAGAGCGUAUAUUGUUUUCGUCCUGUUUGUUUCGAACUUGAACUUUCACCAUUACUUUUGAACCAUAAAAAAUAGAAACUUCAUAUUUAGCAUGCAAACUCCACUAAUUAAGCUCUUUUAAUUAACUGUGCCUCUAGGCUAAAAAUAGCUUUUUUUCUGUAAACUGUAACCUUCGCCAUAGCUUUUGAAUCCAUGAAAUAUAGAGACUUCAUAUUUGGUAUGCAUACUCCACUAAUCAGGUUCUUUCAAAUGACACGGAGUUCAAUGACUUUGUGACCUUGACUGUGACCUUUAUGCUGAAAAUAGCUUUUUUGAACCCUCACUAUAACUUUUGAUCCAUGAAAGAUUGAGAUUUUAUAUUUUGUAAGCAUACUCCACUAAUCAAGCUCUUUCAAAUUACACCAAGGUCAAUGACCUUGUGACCUGGACUUUGACCUUAAUGCUAAGAAUAGCUUUUUUCCAUCAAGUUUUUUGCUUUAUAUAUCCCUUUGUCUUAGUGAGAUGGAUAAAAAUGGGAGACAUCUUAGGAGUAAUUUCUAGUUUAAAAAAAAAGUUAACAAUUAAUUUUUUUUUUAUUUUGUGUUCAAGCACUAUCAUAGGAUUCAUUCAGUAGGGAAACUUGAUUUUAUUGUACUUUUGUAUCAAGAUAAGCGUAGUUUCUAAUUUAAUUGAUAUGAAAUUCAUAUACACAUAAAACAAAUGUGUCUAGAUACAGAUUUUAAUUUAGCCAAUAAUGAAUAAAAAGUGUCCAUGUAUUAUUUAGCCAAGUCUACCAUCAAUAAAUCCAACAUAGUGUCCAAA